ACAAUACAAUAUCCCUAAGGCAAUUAAACCUGCAAGACAUUUCAAAAUAUAAAUAGUUAAAGCUGAUUUAGCGUUCAAUCCGACAGGGAAAAACAUUUGAAGGAGAAAACAGUUCAUUUUGGUUUCUUGACGACAUCAUCGCUGAAAGAUGUUCAUUAAAACGAGGGUGACAGACAUGGCUUUUAUAUUGCUGCUUUUCGUGACUUUGAAGGUUGCUGCAGUGCAAUUUGAGGCGACUUUGGCAGUAGACCAUGAAAGCAGCAGCAGCAGCAGCGGCGGCGGCGGCGGCAGCAGCAGCAGCAUCGGCAGAGCAUGGCAAAGAGCAAAAGAUUAUGUUUCUGGUGUAAUAAAUGGGGCGAAAAAAAUGCAAAGGGCUUACAAUGACAUGAAAGAAGCAAACUGGAAAAACUCUGAUAAGUACUUUCACGCAAGGGGAAAUGCUGAUGCCGCUACACAUGGAACUGGUGGGAGACAUGCGGCGAAGUUCAUCAGUGAUGCUCGUGAAGCUUAUGGAUUUUUCAAGGGUGACAGCGCCGCGGACAGAGCAGCUGAUCAAAGAGCCAAUGAGCAUGGACGUAACGGAGGAGAUCCGAAUAAAUAUCGUCCCAAAGGACUACCAAAAAAGUACAAGAAAUAAAACGUCUUUAAAGACCAUACUCACAUCGUAUGCACUGUUUACUUGUAUAUUUUGACUAUGUGCAAUAUUUUGCAAUCUCUGUAAUACAUCUAUUAUCUGAUCUGUUUGUAUGCUUUACUUAGAAUAAAAGUGUUUUUCAUGAAACGUUA